UAUUUUAUAGCUAUCAAUUUCCGAAUUCUGCGUCUGUAUGACACUGGUUGUCAGCUAAUUUGAAAAAGUUGCCAUUAAUUUUAAUUAAAAAGUUUUAUCCUCCAACAUGAGCAAAAUGUAUUCUGUAUUUUGAACAACAAAAAAAUUGAGACUUGGAUUUAUUAUUGAAAUAGCAUUAACGGUACACUUCUAAGAUGAGUCGUGGAGGCAAAUCGAAAAAUGCUUACCUUCCUGGUGAUUUGGUGGCAUUAGGUUCUAAAAAUAAUCGCGUCGAACCAAAUCCACAAGAGAAACGGAGUGGUAAUAUAUUAUUACAUAGAAAAUUGAUGGAAUCAACUUUAUCUGACCGAAAACGAACUGGAUCUCCUAUAACAGUUCCUAUAACUAGUAAAAAACCAAAAAAUCAUGCAGGUUCCAGUCAUAGUUCAUUUGCUUGGGAACAGAUGUGUAUUGAAGUAGAUGCCAUUGAUUUGUUAGACUCAUUAAAUUAUUCCAUUCAGAAUCAAGAAAAUCUAAAAGCUGUUGGAUUACUUUUUGGUGCUUUUAAAAUCAUGCAUACGCAACGAAUAAAACCGGAUUUGUUUUGGAGUUUAUCAAUUGCUGUUCGCCAAUAUCCUACAUUAUUCCAGAAUGAAGAAGUUGUAAAUGCUUUGUGUUCUAUUCUGACUUGUCAUUCAACCGCUUUAACUAAACAUCGUCAAUAUAAUAUAGUCGCUGCAGUUAUUGCAGUUAAUUUAAUAUUAGCUUCACAUGAUAGAUUAAAUACGUGGCCAGAAGCAUUUGUUAAAGUUUUUAUAGAAGACUCUAUGGGAGAACGUUUAUGGGUAGACAAUGAAGAAUGUCGUUAUUUUAUUGAUAAUAUUAAAAUUAGCUUAAACACGCGGUCUUCCCCCUUUAUACCUUUAGAUUUUUUGGAUACAAUGAAUACGGUAGAAACUGCAUUAUCAUGCCCUGAAUCAAAUGAGGUAUCUAUUGUGUCAAGAUAUGAAGCUAACCAAGCGGUAGUCGAAAAUUUAAUUUUAGAUGUUGCAAAAGAAUAUUUGAUCCGAAAACAGUCAACUGAAGGAAUAUCUAGAAAUUUAUUAAAGUUAUUAGCUGCUUCUGCUGGAAUUUUAGAAAUUCGUGUUAUGGUUGCGGGGAAAUUAGAAGUUUGGUUGCAAAAUGCUAAACUUGUACGGCCAGCACAAGAAUUACUUUUAGCUGUUUGUGUUAACUGUACUUCUCGUACUCAAAGAGACUUAGAUGUUAUUUCUACAAUUGUCAAAAUGAGGUUAAAAACCAAAUCAAUGGGAAAUUUUUAUGUAUCAUGCAUCAAAGAAUUAAUUAUUGCAAAUUCAAAUAAUUUGCCAGUCAUAUUAAAAAAUGUAGUUUAUAAUGAAAUGUCUACAUCACGUAAUACUAGUAAUAUGGCUAUUUUUCAAGUUAUUUUUAAAGUUGAACCAGAUCAUAGUGCACUACUUUUAGCAGAUAUUUUUCAGGAAUUAUUAAUAUUACGAGAUGAUUAUUUGAGACCGUUACGUGGACUGCUACGGGAAAUUUCGCGUCAAGUACGUUCAGAUUUUAACUUUUUGACUUUUUGUCAAGGACUUAUGGGUGCUAAAGAACCAUUAAACCAAACACCUGAAGUUAAGGAUAGAGUUUUUGCUGGAAUUGUAGAUCUUUUAACAUUAUGUAUGUUUCUAACUGUAUACCCUUAUAUGCGCUCAGAACGAAAAGAUGUUCAACAGUUUGAAAAAAUGCAACAUGUUAUAUCUCAAAUUCAAAAAGAUGGAGUUGCAUGGCUCCAAGAUAGUGUUUUAAGAACUUAUCGACCUAAUCCUACAGAUUUUGUUCAUGCAUUACAUAAAAUAUUAUUAAUGGAAUCAUCUGAACAAUAUUAUAAAUUAGAAAGUUGGCCUCCUGAACAAGAUAGAAGUACAAUAUUUAGAAUUGCUACCGAAGCACCUUUAUUACAGGGUACAGUAAUCACAAUACUUAUGAUAGGAUUAUCAAAAGAACAUCCCUUAAGUUCUCCAGAUGCCUUAGAGCUAGUAGAUCAAUUAGUGAAGCGUGCUGCUUCAUUACAAGUGUAUCAAAAUUUUAAUUCUAUAAAAGCUGACAAAUCCCUUUUGUUUGAUGUAUUAUUGGAUUCUUGUGCUUAUCAUCAUCCUGAUAAAAUAGAAUUGCCAUUAGGCUAUACACCUCCGCAAUUAGCAAUAUCAAAUUUAUACUGGAAAACGUGGUUGAUAAUGUUAAUAUAUUGUGCUCAUAUACCUUCUGUUUUUGGAACUCUUGCUUGCAGAAAAUAUCCGAUGUUAAGAAUUUUCAUUGAAAUGUGUAUAACCAAUAAUUUUUCUUUUCCUACAUUUCUGGAAGAUCUUCAACUACAAUCAGUUGAAAAACAAAAAAUACUUGAAUUUGAAUCUUAUUUGGCUGCAGCUUCUACAAAGGUUACAAUUACUGAACAGACAAGUUUACUAUUAAGUCAGCUUAUGGAUAUGGAUCCUAUUGGUCCACCUAGGCGGCCACCUUCAUCUAUUUUAGAACAGUUGAGAGUUAUGAAUACAAACCUACGCGUUGGUCAUUUGUUAUGUCGAUCAAGAGACCCAGAUUUUCUUUUGGACAUUAUUCAACGCCAAGGUACUUCACAGUCAAUGCCUUGGUUGGCUGAUUUGGUUAAUUCAUCUGAAGGAUCAUUAAAUCAUUUACCGGUUCAGUGUUUAUGUGAGUUUUUAUUAAGUCCAAGUUGUCAACAACAAGGUAAAUUUAAUCAAUUACUUAAUCAUCUAAGAAAGUUGUUAAUGCAUCCUGAAACUGAUCCAACUAUUAGUUGUGAAGUUUUAGAAUACUUUUUGAGACGUUUAAGUUCUCCGACUAGUAGACAACAUGCUAUUUUAGGUCUAAAAUUGCUUUUAAAUGCAACUGAUGAUAAAAUGAUUGAUAUUGAUAAAGUAAUUGAAUCAAAAACGGAUGUUUCAUGGUUAUUAACAAGUUUACCACAACUUCCAAAUUUUCCAGCUUUUAAAUCUCAAAUUGUUAUUGCAUUGAGACAAGCUUGCCAAGUAGAAAAUGAUCCACAUUUGAUAACAGCGUAUUUGACAUUUUUGGCUGAACGAACUUCUGAUGUAAAUAAAGUAGAUAGUUUAACAAAUGAACAGCUUACUGAUAUGGUUCUUGAUAUGGCACAACUAAUUGUUGAACGGAGUACAGUUAUGGCUGCAGUGUUACCUGUAUCAACAGAUAUAGUUACAGUUUUUAAUAUUGCACUUAACUCUUUAGUUUGUAUAUUUUAUACAUUUUUAUGCAGGGCUAGGGAGCCUUGUCGUCAAAAUCAUCCUUGGUCUGAGAAUCAAGAUCAGAUUCUUGUAACAUGGCCUGGGGGGCAGGAAUGUACUAUACAUAUUCUCGUUGUACACGCUAUGAUCAUAUUGUUGACUUAUGGGCCUCAAUGUAUUCACGACCCAAUGAAAUUUGAUCAUUUAUUAGAAGCUUGGUUUCCAACAGACCGAAAACAAAUGCCUAAAGCUUAUUUAGUUGAUACUUCUGAAGAAGCUCUUCUUAUACCCGAUUGGCUUAAACUACGUAUGAUUAGGUCUAGGGUUCCAAGACUAGUUGAAGAAGCAUUGACUGAUCUUGAACCUCCUCAAUUAAUUUUGUUUAUUCAAUCUUUUGGUAUACCAGUUGCAUCUAUGAGCAAAUUAUUGGAAAUAUUGGACAAAGCUGUAUGUGUUGACCCUGAAGCUAUUAAAGCUGCUGUAAUGGAUAAAGCAUAUAUGGUACAACUUGUUCAAGUACAGCAAAGACGUGGAGCUCUGGGAGGACAAAUCUUUUCAUCAGUUUUAACAUUAAAUGACGGAUCAAUGGCAAUGGAAGUAGAAGAUGGAACUCCAGUGUCCUAUAAAAGGAAAUUAUCACUUGAAGAAAACCCAAUAUCAUUAAUUGAUAGACAUAAGAAUAUCAAUGUUGAUCUUAUAAUGAAAAAUUUGUAUAUAUCAACAAUGAAGGGAGAAAAAUUUUUGUCUUUGUUACAAUCUUUAUCACAAGACACGAAAUUAUUAGUUAAAAAAUUUAUGAUGACAAUGUUAAAAAAUAUGGCUAAAAAAGAAUUUAUGUUUUCUAUCAUUGAAAAUAAAAAUGUAACUUGUCAUUUACUGAAAGUCUUAAUGAUGAAGUGUGGUUAUAAUAAAAUAUUAAUGGCUAUUGUUAAAUUGAUUCUUGAUCAAAUGGAUGUUAAAAAAACCCAAAAUAAUUUGCAUAUGAUUAUUAUAAGUUACAUAAAUAAGUAUAAUGAAAUAAAAAAUAUAUUACCUCAGACUAAUAUCAAGGAAAACAAAUCACAACCAAUGGAAAUGGAUGUGUUAAAUAAAGGUCAAAAACGUUCACUUUUUGUUGAUCUACCUAAGGAAAUUGAAUUAAAAAUAUCAGAUUCUACAAUUGAUCAGCAGGUAAAUAUGUUGUUUUCAAAAAAUAUAUGUGAGAAAUGGGAGUCUGUAAGAAAUUGUAGACCAUACUUAUUGACUAUACUAAAUCACCAUAUGAAUUGGUCUUCACUGGAAUGUGUUCUAGACAUUUUAUUAGAACCCGAAAAUGUUGAAAAGUUUGAGCCUUCCUCAGUUUUAGACUUAAUAUCAGCUAUUGCUACAAACCCAAAAUUAUGGCAAGGUAGAGAAAUUAACGCUUCUAAAAGUAAAUCAAGUGAUGAAGGGUUAAUGUUAUUAAAUGAUCAUCAGCUUACUGCAUUAUUGUUAUACAUGAUUGAAGAAUGCAAAAUGAUACAUGAAGAUUCAAAUAUAAAUUUGGCAGAAUUAUCUACAUUUAUCCUAACUAAAUUAUCAGUGAUAUUGAAAAACUGCCUGAAAAAAAAUAACUGUGUUCACAUUUUUCAUAAUAUUUAUUUAAAAUACAUAAAUAGCUCAAAUAUUGCUGUGUUCAAACAGAUUUUAAGUCUUGUGUAUACUAAGGAUCCAAACAUCAUUAGUAAAUUACAGUACUAUGAUAUGGAUGGUUUCUUGGAUCCAAAUAUUAUAAAAGUUAGUGAAGGUUGUGCUUUGGACGCAAUUUCACAUACUGUUGUGUCAUCUAUUGUAUCCACUAAGAUUAAAAGAGACAAAGAAUUAAAUAAGAAAAUUUAUGAUUAUGAAAUAUUAGCAAAAAGAUUAUGUACAACUCAUCCAUUACUUUUUUUAAGAGUGUUUGAACUUUUAUCCGCACCUUUGCGCCGAUGUUGUUAUCUAGAGUUUAAAGCAAUGAAAUCUGGCCAUCUAUUAUUACUUAAUAAUAUUCUUGAUUUAAUAGAAAGUUUAGAACCUACAGUUUUCUUGCCAUUUUACACCGAUGCUCUUCACAAACUUUUAGGAAUUUUUCUGACUAUAAUAAGUAAUAAUUUAAAUAACGUGAGUCCUACAAGAAAAGAAUUCAAUACACUUUUAACAAAAUUUGGUAACCGCGUACAUAAUUAUAUUGCUGCAAAUUCUCGAGAUGCUAUGGCAUUUAUUAAAUCAAAUAAUAUUUGGUUUGGUCAUAUUAUUGAAAGGUACAAAACUAUUGGGAAUUUGAAUUUGCUAAUUUGUCAAAAUGAUCAAGUAAUAGUUUUAGCGCAAGGUAACAUGCAAAAUGAAUUAUUGGCAUAUGAUAAAUUUUGUACUUGUUUUAAAGAUGGUCAUCACAAUGAUACUACAGUUAAUGUGUUGUCAGAAAUAGAACGUUCUUCUUAUCGAAAUAAUCGAGGUUUUGAGCCAUAUUUGAAUAAAAUUAUAUCACUGAUCAGGAAUCCUAGUUCUCAUGUACGAUUGCCAUCCCUUGGAUUGUUGCUGCAUUAUUUACAAUUUAAUAGUAGUAAUUCGUCUACCAACUUUGUGCUGGUUCCAGGCAUUCUAAGUGCACUAUUAUCUGAUGAUGAUGAAGUGUCUACUACAAUAAGGAACCACAUUGAUUCAUUAUCAAUGUCAAGAGAAAUGGCAUUGUCUUUGUUACUUGAAACUUAUAAAGUUGGUAUCUACAGAAGUCUUAAUACAACAACUAUGAUAACAAAAACUAUUUCUACUAUGAAUUUACAGUCUGGAUGUUGAAUUUUAUGUAUAUAAUUCAUGUACAUUAUUAUAUAAUAAGUUUUAUAUAUUCAAGUGAACUAUAAUAAAUAAUAUAAAUGUUCAAC